AUUCCAGUGGAGGCCCAGCAGACAAGGUCCACUGCUGCGAGCACCGCCGCCGUUGUCGCCAACAGCGCCUUUACUGCUGCUACCACCACUACUUGCACCAGUGCUUCUUCUUCUUUUCCUACUUUUGCUUCUACUGCUACCAUUACGAAAGGUAUUUCCAGUGUUGGAGGAACAACAUCAGGGCUUACUGCUGCUGCCGUCACUGCUGCAUUUCCAUCGGCUGUCGAUUGGGACAAUUCCAUCUCCUCCUCUUCUUCCUCUACUACUUCGUCUUCUUCUAGCGCCUGGAACCCGUCUUCUUCCUUCUUCUCCCGCUCUUCCUCUUCCGUCUCCUCCUCCUCCUCUUCUUCAGCCACGACCAGCGCUAAAGCUGCUGCUGCCGCUAACGCCAACGCUAACGCUCCAGUUGAUACUGCGUUCACUGUGACUGGUGCUUCUGCGCUUGCUGCUACUACUGUUCCAGACCUCUGUGACUGGCUCAACCUCUCCGCCUCCGCCUCUACUUCUCUCUUUUCCUCCUCUUCUUCUCCCACCACCGCCACAACCACUUCUCCCAACUUCACAACCACAACCACACGACCUGCGUCGUCUUCUACUCCUCCCUCCUCUUCUCAUCUCUCUUCCCAACGAGUAGACGCUUGCGCCUUCUCCUCGCUUGGCUCCAUCAUGGAUCCGUCGCAAUUUGGCGACUUUUCCUUUCAAUACGACUCGCUACCUAUGCACGAUCCGCACGUCUUCACCUCAGACCAAUCUACCCUCCUCUCCGCCGCCACAAAACCUUCCUCCAUUGCUCCAUUUGAUGAUCUCCAUGGCGCCGACCUUUCUUCUCUUCAAUCAUCUGCACAAACUCCUAGUUUAACUACAAGCACCGCGCCCACCACACACCACUCCGCAUCGUCCUUCGCCAUGGACCCGGCUGAACUCUCCGCCAAUGUCGACGACAUCUUUGGCAUCCCCGAUGACCUCUCCCCCGACGCCUCCUCCAUCCUCCAUCCCGACAAUGCCCUCGACGACUUUGCCUCUACUUCUCAGGACCGCGCAGACGGCACCGAUCUGGGCGGCAGAGGAGCUGGCGCAAAGGACGACAAAGGCGACGGCGCCCCCGCAUGGAGCGAGCUAAAGACAAAAGCCGGCAAAGACCGCAAGCGCCUUCCCCUCGCGUGCAUCGCCUGCAGAAGAAAAAAGAUUCGCUGCUCCGGCGAGAAGCCCGCCUGCAAACACUGCUUGCGCUCCCGUAUACCGUGCGUCUACAAGGUCACCAGCCGCAAGGCCGCCCCGCGCACCGACUACAUGGCAAUGCUCGACAAGCGCCUCAAGCGAAUGGAAGAACGCAUCAUCAAAAUCGUCCCCAAGGCUGAACAGGAUCCCAAUGCAACCACGCCCACUGUUACACGCGCCGUCGUAAAGCCCGCUAUCCCGGGAACCGCCGCCUCAAAAGGCGCAAAGAAGCGGAGAGCCGAUGAGGCCUUUGACCAAGGCCUCGAUACAUGGAUUAAUGGCCCAGCCAACGGAAAAGAUGCUUCCGCCAAGCCGUCAUCAGAAGAGCGCAACAGUGACGAUGACAGCUUAGCCAAAGAGGGUGCCGAAGCCUUACCACCUCGAGACAUUCAAGAACAUCUCUCCGAGGUCUUCUUCGACAACAUAUACGGGCAGCCAUACUACCUCUUGCACAAGCCCAGCUAUAUGCGCAAGUUAAAAAAUAAUACCCUCCCGCCCGUCCUUGUCUUAUCCGUCUGCGCCGUAGCGGCUCGAUUCUCCACAAGUCCAAAGUUAGCCACCAACGCACGUCCGUUUUUGCGGGGAGAAGAAUGGGCGUCGCAUGCCCGCGAGAUCUGCACAAAACGAUAUGAAUGGCCCAAUCUCACCGUUCUCACCUGUCUCAUCCUCCUCGCCGUCAACGAAUUUGGAACAUGCCACGGCGGACGUAGCUGGGCCCUCGGUGGCCAGGCUAUCCGCAUGGCCUAUGCUCUGCAGCUGCACAAAAACCUAGAAUAUGAUCCGCUUGCGUCUGGAGACCAAAAAGUCAAGCUUAGCUUUAUCGAUCGUGAGAUCCGCCGCCGGACCAUGUGGGCUUGCUUCUUACUCGACCGCUUCACUUCCAGCACCAUUGAGCGACCUGCAUUUAUCAAUGAAGAAUCCAUCGAGGUUCCCCUACCCGUCAACGAACGCUUCUUCGAGUUUGACAUGCCCAUCCACUCAGAAUACCUCGACGGCAGACCGGCACCCGAACCUACUGCUACAGGAUCGGCCAACGCUGGUGACACGGCCAGCAAUCUCGGCAUUGCUGCCUACAUGGUCCGCGCUGUUGCUGGCUGGGGCCGCGCUCUAGCAUACGUCAACGGCGGCGGCCGCGCAUCCGAUCCCGAACCUGCAUGGAGCGAGAAGUCGCGAUUUUCAGCGCUCAUUCGUGAGAACGAGGAGAUGGUUCAGCGACUGCCAGCUCAGUACCAAUGGUCCAAGGACAACCUCGAUGUACAUGUGACGGAAAAGACAGCUCCUCAGUAUCUGCUGCUCCAUACCACCAUCCCCCUCAUCACUGUCUUUCUCAACCAAGGCUGCGCCUCUGCUCUGCAAGCAAGCGGCGUUCAAGAUGCACCCAAGGAAUUCCUAGCCAAAACUAGUGCGCGAACAUUUGCUGCGGCUAGCCGCAUAUCCCAGGUGCUACGAGAAGGUGAUGAGGGUCAGAUCCCCGUCAACGCCGCAUUUGCCGGAUACAGCGCCUUCACAUCGACAUCAGUGCAACUUCUAGCAAUGGCAUCUGCUAGCCCACAACUCAAGACAACGGCCGAGGCCAACUGCUCCAUUAACGUCAAGUACAUGCGUCGCCUGAUGCGCCACUGGGGCAUGUUCCACUGGAUGGUCGAGGAUAUUCGCCGCCAGUACAAGACGAGCCAUGACGUGGCGCGCAAAGGAUCAGCCGGCGCCGCAGGCCCUAUCCCACCACUUCUGCAGUACGGCGACUGGUUCCAGCAGUACCCUUACGGUAUAGCCGACUCUGACAUGAUGGACCCCAGUGUAGGACGCAAGCACAACAAGGGCGAAGAUGGUGUUCUCGAACUCAAGUCCGAGCUGCAGUCAGUCGAGGACUUUUUCAGCACCCUGUCACCUGUGGCUCCCAACUCCAGCGAAAUUGCCAACAAGCCAGCCCCCAAGCGCAAGGCCUCAACCGCUACUAAGAAACAAGCAUCUGCUCAGCAAAACGAUGUCAAGGCGAGCGCCGACCAGCAGCAGCAGCAGCAACUUCAGCUCAAGCGCCGCGCCUCGGAACAAGUUGUAACGACCCAGAAUCAGCCUUCUGCUCUCAACGCCGCCGCUGCAGCUCGCCGCUUCUCGUCGCCUCAAGGCCCGCAGAAGCUGUCGACACCGCAAAACUCGCAGCUGUUCAACAACCCGACCAUGGGCCCGCAGACAAACUCGUUCAUGGCUAUGUCGCCGACAAUCCCGCAGUACCAGACGCAAGUGACUCCCAACCUCAACUACUUCACCGAUGUGAUCCCGCUGCCGAUGAACAACCAGGAUGCGGCGUCCAUUGCCGCGCAACAACAGGCCAUGUAUACCAUGGCGGCCACCGGCAGCAUGACUCCCAACAUGGACUCGAGCCCUACGUGGGCACGCCAGCCCAACUCGGUCAUGACGCCCGGCGCCAACGGCCAGCAGCAGCAAGUCGUCAAUCCAAACAUGUACAACACAGGUGCCGCUGGCGCCGGCGCCGGCGACGCCUCGACCUGGUUCAUUCCGUACGACGUCGAGGCCGGCGACAUGGGCAGCCAGGACAUGAUGAUGAGUAGCGCAAGCAACAUGGAUCCCUUUGACUCCAUGUUUAUGAAUGCCCAGCCGUCCACGCAGGGCCAGAACAUGACUGUCCCUGCCCGCUUCCCCAACAUGUAGUAGACGAAAUUCGUCAUUUUACAUUCCUCUCAUCUAGAAAAUCCGGGUCUUCUAGAGCUUUCUUCUUCUUCUACUUGUACAUCCUCUUUUUGUUUUUCCAAGAUCUUUUUGUUGCGUUAUACUCUCUCCGUUUCGGCAUGGCCUGGCCAUUGCCCCCCAUUGUGUGGUGUUUGUUUUAUUCCUUGGUUCGAUGGUGGGAGCACCGGUGUUCUUUUUGGAGAUUUGUUUCUUUUGGCGGACCAGCAGCUCUGUGUUUUUACCUUUUUAUCUCUAUGACCGCGCCUGACGACCUAGGCAGUUGGGAGUAGCUCUAGCGUGUAUACCCUUCUACUUUUAUAUAUAUAUUCUACAUUUUAUCACAUCCUGAAUCUCCUCACUCGUGUAUACUUGCAAUAGUAACAACACAAAAGCCAAUAUAAGAAAGUUUCGUGAUUGUACAGCAAACUACAAAAAAAACAAUGCUCCUCAUCUAUAUACACAUACGCCUUUAGUAAGUAGUAACUUUUUCUUUUCAUGCCGCAGCAGCACUCUUCUUCUUCGACCGUCUGCGCUUUUUCUUGCCUCCUUCAACGAUAUUGCCCUCCUCGUCCACCGCAGGCUUCGGGGCCUCCUCAUCAACGCCCCUCUCCGCGCCGGCAAACUUCUCAAACCCGUACGUCGGCCCAUCAUGCUCGUACUCCUCGCCAAACACGCCGCGGCGCCACUCUCGCAAUCGCGCCUUCUUGCCCAGACGCUUCUUGUCCUUGCGCUUCUUCUCCUCGUCGCGGAACGUCGCGAACUUCUUGAGGCCCGCAAACUCAUUGAGGACCUGGUCCGAAGGGGCCAGCAAGAUAUCGCGCGCCGUCAUGCCGAAUGACUGUGGUGAUGUCUCGCGGUAUCGGAAGACUUGGUGGCCCGAGGGCACGUCGACGUCCAUGUUCAUCUUGGAGUCGACGAGGGCCUCGAGCUGUGCGCGCUCCUUGCGGGCCUGUUUUUGCGAGUCGAGGCGUGCGCGCUUACGGUCGGCUGGCUUGAUCUUCUUGGCGGAUGGGCCGGCCUCUUCAUCAUCAUCAGCGUUGUCCUCGGCAGGCUCGGCGUCGUCCUCGUCGUCGCUCAGGCUAAACUUCUCCUUGGCGUCGGCUUCAAAGUCGGGCACGAGGUCGUUGAUGUCAAUGUCGUCGUCCCACUUGGGCUUCUUGACCUUGCUCUUCUUCUUGCUGUCCAUGUCGACGUCCUCGUCAGAGUUGGCGGCGGCGUCGUCGUCGUCCAUGGCGUAGUAUUCCUCGCCGAAGCGCUUCUGCAUCUCCUCCUCCCAGGCGUCGUCCUCCCAUGCAUCGUCUAGGAACUUGAGCCAGUCCUGGUUGGUCAGCUCCUUGCCCACAGCACCGGCGGCCUGCUUGAUCUUUUGCAGGCGCUUUUCUGUCUCCUCGAGCUUGAGCUUGCGGAGGCGGGCCUUCUCUUCUUGGCGCUCGCGGCGCUCUUCGUCCUUGCGCUCUCGCUCUUCCUCUCUCUUGCGCUUACGGCCGCUCUUUUCGUCGCGACGCACGGAUUUCGAGUUGGCCAGGUCACGGGCAUAUGAGCGGAGGACUUCGUUGCUCUUUUCGGGGUCUUCGAAGCGCAGGUUGUAUGCUUGCUCCCACUCCUCAGCACGUUCUGCCUCGUCCUCGUCUUCCGAGUCAAAGGCCUUCCAUUUGGACUCGCCUUCCUCAACCCACGCUCUCGAGGCCAUGAAGUUGGACAGAUAGGUCUCUGGGUCACGGUCCGCGUUUUCAACAUCAAGCUCGGAGACCUUGAGGCCGGCAGCUCUUGAAGGGUGGACAGCGUGUGCACCAGUCUCCUUGGAGACCUUUGCUCGGACGGCCUCCUUUGGCUUCAAGAAGUCGUCUUCGGAACCGGAGUCUUCGUCCUCACCAGCCUUGUUGAUCUCGGACAUGAUGGACUUUUUCAAAUCUUCUUGCUCUUGGGCAUAUGUUUGGGGGGUUUCUUCCUCUUCGUCGUCGGAAGCGCCAAUAUCACCCUUCAUGAAGCGGUCUCUGUGGUAGUCCUUGAGAAAGAUUGGCUUUUCCGCCUUUUCUCCCUUUUCGGCCGGUGCUGCUUCGUCAUCGGGCUUGUAAAAGGUGGUGUUUUCGUCGUAUACUCGCGGGUCCUUGCUUCGAAUAGCCUGCAGAGUGGCAGAGAUUUGUGC